AUGUUUGCACUGGGACUAGAUAAAGUUUCUAUUACAAUUCCAACUGCAAUUCAAUCAGGGGGAAGCGCAACUUUAUUAUGUGAAUAUGAACUAGGUGAUGAUAAUUUAUACAUGGUAAAGUGGUAUAAAGGUCGCAAGGAGUUCUAUCGGUAUACCGCCAAAGAGAUUCCGCCAAUAAAAAUUUUCUCACCGAGCGGAUUUUAUGUAGAUUUAGAUAUAAGUGCGACAAGUAGGUACAUGUGCGAGGUAUCGGCAGAUGCUCCAUCAUUUGCCACGCACAUGAGAACGGGAGAUCUCAAUGUUUAUGUUCCGCCAGCGGAAAAGCCAAAAAUUACAGGACUAAAAUCAACAUAUCGCUCCGGAGAGUACGUACGUGCUAAUUGUUCGAGCAAUAUGUCAUUUCCAGCUGCCAAACUACAGUGGAAGAUCAAUGGCUUUCCCGUUUAUCCGGGCGAGGCAAUUAGCUACGACGUCACGAAGACACUUGCUGGCGAAGGGAAAAAGCAACAAACGAUGGAAUCGUCGACAAUGGGCUUGCACUUUCUCAUUUCGCACGAACAUUUUAACGAGGUGGGAAAAAUCAAGAAUUAA